UUACAUGUUUUUAUUUCUGGACAUUUUAGUUAACCUAAAAAUGGCUUGUUUAAUGCGACAAAUAUUUCUAAAAUGUUAUCAAAUUCCACAAUUAAGACAGCAAAACCUAUUUAAAGUAAAUUUAACUUCAGGUCUCGUUUCAACUUGUCACAAAUUGUAUUCAAAUACUCCGACACCAUAUGAAAUUGUUGAUCCGGAGGCUCAAGGCAAAUUGACUAAAAGUACAAUAAAUAAAGUUAAUGCACUAGUAGCCGAUCGGAAACAGGGCAGACUGUUUGCUGUAGUUCAUCUUGCCGGAAAGCAAUUUAAGGUUACAGAUGGAGAUGUGAUAGUUAUAGAAGGCUAUUGGCCACCAAACGUAGGAGACAAAAUAUCGUUAGAUAAGGUACUAUUAGCUGCAGGGUCAGAUUUCACACUUGUAGGUAGGCCAAUAGUCCAAAAAGGCCUUGUGAAGGUAGAGGCUACUGUUAUUGAAAAGACCUUGUCGCAUACGAAAACUCACUUUAGGAAAAAACGGAGGAAACAGUACAUGAGAAUAAACUUUUACCGAAUUCCUCAGACAUAUUUAAGGAUCAACAAAGUCCAAAUUGAAGGAGAAUUAAAUAAUCCGCCAGAGGUUAGGGGCUUAGAAACUGCAAUUUUUUAAAUCGUAGACCGAUAAGAUUAUGAAGUCGGUAAAUCGUUUUUCAAACUUUGUAAAUUGAUUUAUCUCGUGAUUCUGUUUGUAUUAAAAUAUUUGUCGUUCUUAAAUCUUUGUUUCCUGA